UCCUCUCUCCCUUCCUUGUUCUUUCGUGUGGUUGUACUCCGCGACAUAAACGACCGAGAGGAUUAAUCUAUAGCAGCUGAUCGGGAGCUCCAACACCGCGGCCCUCUCCCCCCUUCCAUCACCUCACAUGGCCGCGUUCUUUGGUCCUCCUCAAACCGGUUUUACCUCCCGGUUUUUUUAUUAGUUCCCUCACAUGCUUGCCUCCUCCUCCUCCUCCUCCUCCCGCCCCCACUUCUCAGAUCCCUCCUCGUUCCCCUCCCUCCACCACCCCCCGCCCCCCCUCGCCAAGACCCCAAACCUUCGCAAGAAAGAAAGGGGAGAAACAACAUAAAGGAGCAGCCAUCUUUCCGGUCUCGAGAACCCAUCAACCCCACGGUGUUCUCUUCGCUUCGAUUCUGGUUACUGCUCUGUCUUCCUGCUCAUUGUAUGGCACCAGAUUGCACUUGGAAGUGUGCCAAGAAGAAAGUCCACCUCUUGAACAAUCAAAGUAGUUGUUACUUUAUUCUAUGAUAUGAUAAUGGGAUGAGGCUCAGAGCUGCUGAUUGUUCCAAGCUGCACUUUAGAUGCAAAAAAUCUGAUGUAGCAUUCUUGUUAUCGUUGUACUGAAUACAAUAUGGGGGGCGAGAUGAUUGAAGAUGCAGAUGCUGAAGUAUUGUCUUCCAUGUGGCCUGUUGAUAUUGGAAAUGAAGCUAGAAAGCAGUUUAACAUUGAGAAUCCUGGGAUGGGAAGAGAUAUGCUGAAGGAUGUUACCAUCAAGGAAGAUCCUUCUGUGGUGGAUUUUAAGCGCCUCUUGGAACUGACAAAUUAUAGUGAGAAAGGAUCCUCCCAGCUAGCAUACCUUGUAAAACACUGGCAAUAUAAGCAUGUAAAUACUGCUCGUCUUAUCAAUGAGGAGCUCGACAUUUUAAACAAACAAAGGCAGGAAGUUGAACUCAAGAAACAAGAGAUCCUCGAGGAGCAUCAAUUUGACGAAGAAAGAUAUACUGGUUCUAGACGUCAGCUUUCUGUUUUAGAUGAAGUAUGCGACAUAUGGGGAAGGGUUCCUAAGAGAAGGAAUGAUGUUCUUGCUUAUAACAAAAAGCUUGACAUUGAUGCAGAGUAUGGUACUGUUAUUUACUGGAAGGAACGUGCCAUUCAACUUGACAAAAUGCUCGAGGCAAGCAUCCAUAGGGAGCAGACUCUCAUGCAAAAGUUGCAGGAAACUAUCAAGAAUCUUGAAACAAAAUCUUCACCGGUCGAGGAGUUGUCUCAGAUAUUAAAAAGAGCUGAUAAUUUCUUACACUUUAUUCUUCAGACUGCACCUGUUGUUAUUGGUCAUCAGGACAAGGAGCUGCGAUACCGUUUCAUCUACAACCAUUUUCCAAGUCUUGAAGGGGAGGAGAUUAUAGGUAAAACUGAUGUGGAGAUUUUUGAUGGAGAUGGUGUAAAAGAAAUACAGGAUUUCAAGAGGGAAGUCCUGGAACGAGGAUUGCCUGCUAAGCGAGAGAUGACAUUUGAUACUCCAUUAUUUGGGGCAAAAACUUUCCUUAUUUAUGUGGAACCCGUUUUUAGCAAGGAGGGAGAAAAAAUUGGUGUAAACUAUAUGGGAAUGGAUGUAACUGAUCAGGUGGCGAAAAGGGAGAAAAUGGUAAAGUUGCGGGAGGAGAUGGCUGUUCAAAAAGCAAAAGAGACAGAACUUCAUAGAACAAUUCACAUUACAGAGGAAACAAUGCGUGCCAAACAAAUGCUGGCCACCAUGUCACACGAGAUCAGAUCUCCUCUUACUGGUGUUGUAAGUAUGGCUGAGAUCCUUUCAACAACAAAAUUGGAUAAAGAACAAAGACACCUGCUGGAUGUCAUGUUAUCCUCUGGAGAUCUGGUUUUGCAAUUAAUAAAUGACAUACUUGACCUAUCCAAGGUUGAAUCAGGAGCUAUGAAGCUGGAGGCUACCAAAUUUAGGCCAAGAGAGGUAGUUAGGCAUGUCCUCCAGACUGCUGCUGCAUCUUUGAAGAAGAAUUUGACAUUGGAAGGGCAUGUAGGAGAUGAAGUUCCUGUUGAGGUUAUUGGCGAUGUGCUAAGGAUUCGGCAAAUACUGACCAACUUGAUUAGCAAUGCAAUCAAGUUUACACAUGAAGGAAAAGUUGGGAUAAAUCUCGAUGUGGUAUCUGAAAAGUAUCCUGGAUUUCGAGAAGAACAGCUUAAGGUUAGAUCUGGUGCUUCUGUUUCUCCAUUAACAAGACAAUCGGCAGAUAGUUCGUCAGAAAGACAAAGUUGUAAUGAUAGAGAAACUUCACAUUGUCCUUCAUCCCAAGAAAAUAUUGAUGAAAAUGGUAUCAUACUUCAGAGGGCAUCACUGACAGAUGAUGAACAAGAUAACCAUUCACAGCAUGAAAAUAUUGUUUGGCUACGAUGCGUUGUAUAUGACACUGGAAUAGGAAUACCAGAGAAGGCAUUACCGUCAUUAUUCAGAAAGUAUAUGCAAGCGAGUGCUGAUCAUGCACGAAAAUAUGGUGGAACAGGUCUUGGCCUUGCAAUCUGCAAACAAUUGGUGGGACUAAUGGGAGGUAACCUUACAGUAACAAGCCAGGAGAAUCAUGGAUCAACAUUCACAUUUAUCUUGCCUUUUAAGGUUUUGUUGAAGCAGGACUCUGGUAGUGCUGAUGAAAUGGACAUUUCUGAUGGUGAAGCUGUAGCUGAUUCUACCAAAGACGAAAUUGUUGGAUCAUUUCUAUUUAAGCCACGGACGUUGAUUGAUUCUGUGGUUCGCAAGACAAAAUUGUACAGGAGUUGCAAUUAUGGUGCCUUAGGCACUUCAAAUCAAUUGUCAGAGGAAUCUGAUUUAUUUUCUAGCAACUACGAGUCAAAGAAGAGCGCAUCUCCACCUGGUGUUUCUGCAAACUCUGAUGCAAGAUGUAUGAUGGCUGAAGCUGAAGGUCCUGCAGAGAAAAAUUGUGAUAUUAAGGUUUAUGGUUUUGGCAAUGCGAACAAAAGAGAUGAAGAAUGUACAGAUGCUAAACAAGGAUUUACUGUACACAAAUUUGAUAAUUCCAAUAUGGAUCACUGUAGAAUAAAAAAGAUCGAUCAAUCAGAAUGUGAGAGAAUGAUGUCAGCUGAUGGAGAUAAUAUGGCUAUCAGUGACAAGUGCCAUCCUACAUGUCAAAGCCAAGGGCAUGACAAAGAAAAUGGAAAUGCCCAGUGCUUACCAAAUAGCAGGUCACCCAAAAUUCUUCUUGUAGAGGACAAUAAGAUCAAUGUAAUGGUGGCGCAGACAAUGAUGAAGCAGUUAGGCCAUAAAAUAGAUGUCGUGAAUAAUGGACUAGAAGCAAUUCGUGCACUUCAGCAUUUCCACUAUGAUCUUAUUUUAAUGGAUGUAUACAUGCCAGUAAUGGAUGGGCUGCAAGCAACUAGAUUAAUUCGCUCUUUUGAGGAGCAUGGCUGCUGGGAUGCUUCUGUAGUUAUCAGAGAUGAACAUGCUACACCUAGGUCAGAUCUGUCACCAUAUUAUCCAGCUGCAGGACAAUGCAGAAAGCGGAUUCCUAUUAUUGCGAUGACCGCAAAUGCGAUAACAGAGAGCGCCGCCGACUGCCUUGCCAGUGGUAUGGAUUCAUUCAUAUCAAAGCCUGUGACCUUCCAGAAUCUGAGACAAUGUUUGCAGCAAUAUCUACAAUGUUAAAUAUUGUAAAUGUCUUCUAAUAAAACAGAAAAGCAUUUUCCUAAAUGAAGGCAAUUUUGUAAAAAAUAAAAAAACGAAUGUCAUUGUGGUAUCUGUUCUCGCCUUUGUUGAUCUAAUCAACUCCAUUGUAAAGGAUGUAACCAGUGCAAAGCACUUGCUGAGAGUUAGCCCAUAAUAGAAAUAAAUUAAUCCUA